UUACAGUUUUUUCUAGAGUGAAGGCUUUAAUGACAAGUCAUGAUUUUACCAUUAAAUAUGGUAAUUACCAUUUUAAUUUUCUUUGGUACACUCAAGCACUACACAGUAAGACAUUGGGGAGAUAUAGACAGUAAAUAGGACAAAGAUUCUUAAUAUUGACUUAAAAUUCAGAAAGUGACGCAGACGAUGUCCUGGUGAAUGAACUGCAGACCUCAGAAGAGUGUGAGUGGAGUCGUCUAUCAUUUGAAAGUCUGAAAGGGUGAGCGGCUCGCAGCAGGAGAUGUGAAGCAUGCAUGCUCUCCUGCUGUCAGGUGAGCUUAUUCCAGCAGGAGGUCCAGGUGUUUAUCAGCAACCACUACAGGAAUGUGCAGUUUCUGUCCGCUGUCCGUCGUAGGAGUUAUGACGGCACUGAGAUGGGAAUUACGUGUUUAUGAUGGAUUAUGAAAUGUGUUCACAGCAGCCGUCGCUUCUGGAAUAACUGACCCACAUGCGGAUAAUAAAUACAGUCUGACAGACAGACACAAAACACCAGCUACACCUACACCCACAUUUACCUGAAUGUUGUGUGCAGCCGAAAAACACACGAGCCAUGUCUCCAUCCCACUAUUUUGAUGUGCAUAUCGCAUAAACAAACACUGGGUGGAAACUCCAAGAUUCGCAGACAUUUUAAAAAUGUUUCCCCGAAACAUUUUUCUCAUACGACGUUGCAAUUUUGUGCAUACAUUAAAUUUGCAACAUGGAAACAGAGCUAUAGUCUACUUACACUGUAACCGAUUUUUGUAAUUUGAACAGUAUUUCACUGUAAUAUGUACAGUAACCUACUGUAAAAUAUGUCUCCUGUAUAAUACUGUACAUAGCAAAGGAUUGUGGGAAAAUAUAUGCGUAGUACAGUAAUUCCUUUGUACUGUAAUUCAAUUUACAGUAGAGAAAAUGCCAAAAAAUUUUAAAGAAAUAGUCUCUGCCAUUGGUAAACUGUGAAAAGGGACAUUUCUGAUAAGGGAAACGCAAGUUUGUUUUAAUCGUUGGUGGAAGAGGCGGUUAAAAAUACGUCAGGAAAGAUUCAAGUUGAAAAAAGGUAAGUGUUCAUUAUUUUUUUGUAUUUUCGUAAUUAUAUGUAUUUUUAAGUAUUUUUUGUUGCUAAGAGCCUUUUAUUUGGGGUGUUGACCAAGAGUGGUUGGCGAUUUCUGUCAUGUGAUAACAUUAACGACUGAAUAAACUAACCUAUAUUAGCAGUUAAAUAGUUUCUCUCCCUCUUUAAAUUAAAAUCGCAAGGCAGAAAUCAAGAAAAUAGAAAGGGAGUUUACAUCUUUUGAUUAAAAAAAGUUUUCUACAAUAUUUUGAAGUGAAUCUUUUGUUUUUAUUUCAAGCUCGCGGUCUGGAUUUACUCUUGUUUGUAACGACGUCGGAGUUGUGUUUUGGAGCAUUUCUGUGGCAGUUACCUCGAGGAGGGCAAACCAAGGUAACAUCAACAGAAUUAGCCGAAAACUGGCAAUGAAAACAACGGUAUAUGAUGCUAAUACCGAAACGUUAAUCGCCAGCCUCUCAUAUCUAUCGCAUAUCGUAGAUUAACAUUACGUUUUGCGUUGCGUUAGAUUCUUCCCUGUCAAAAUGGUGGCGCAGUUUGUGUGUAAACAAUGCAAGUUAUCUCUGUGAACUCUUUGCCGUUUUUACCACCUUUUGAAAAUGCAUACACAGCAAAAUGUCCAGUGUUGUUUUGAGUUGUUUUUUUAGUGUUAAAUUACCAGAGUUAAAAAGUGUUGAUUCUGGUGUUGAUUUGAAUGUCAUCCGCACUUACAGUGUAAAUCAAUGGUCAGAGUCAGUGUAAUUACAGUGAGUUGAUGUUAGAUGACACUUGAGCGGAGUAUAUCCAAUUUCCGGUCAUUGCGCAUUACUUCCUUUUUGACUAAUGGCGGACAACCACGAGGAGACGGCAGUGCACAAAUAGGUAUAAUACAUUUUUUAUAACUUAAUUCUUUAUAUAUAUUACUUACUGUUCUAUACAUUUUCAGCUCGCUAACGUUAUUUUCUUUCUGAUAAUAAUAACCGACUGGAGCUGGAGCAAAGAGAAGCCUCAAAGCUUUCGUCAUGUUGGUUAAAGUUCAGUAUCAAGGUGUGAAGAAAUGUAUAAAAUUGCUUAACGAUUUUACAUUCCAACAUUUUCUCAGUGAAGUUAAAAGCAAAUUCGGGCUUGCUAGAACUGCAGUUCUUCAAGUCUUUGAUGACACGGACACCAGUGUGGAGUACGACAUCUUCCAAGAAUUGAUUGAAGCCAGUCCAAAUUUAUGCUUAACUAUAAGAUGUCUGGAAGAAAUUUCUGCUGGCCUGCCUGGGAAAACAUGAUCAUCACAAUCACAGGAUCAUCAACCCCCAGCACUUGCACUGAUACUCUUUCAGUCUCUUCCACUGACCAUGAGGAAAGAGACCCAGCAAUUUCCUUCCUUGUCCAUACAGCUGAUGAAGUUGACGUUAUGCAAAAGAUGAAGGAAACUUUCAAGCAUAGACAAGAACUUGUACACAACUCUGGAAGAUCAGCUGACAUCCUUAAUAUCUUUCCAAGAUUUUUGGAUGCGAAAGGAUUGGUAAAUCAGGACUUUGCUCUGCUGUUCAAUGCCGAAACAUCCAACAAGUUGCUUGAGAGGUGGGAGACGGCAUUCAAGCAUAAGGUCAUCAAUGAAGCCAAAUCUCUUACUUCUACAGCAGAAAUCCUGUGUCUUCUCAGUGCAGCAGAGGGCCAAGGAUCGGAAAAUGACUGGGACAGUGAUAUGUCAUCUAUCCUGCUACUGGUGCAUCUCUUGCCACCUUCUCCAGGGAGGAAGAAGACUAAGAUCAGUCCAACAGAGGCAGUUGAUAGACUUGUGCAUUUUCAUAAGUCUUGCACCAGUAUUGAAACCCAUCUCAGUGAAAGGGAGGGCUGCCAGCUAUACCUACUUGGAUUAGGAAGGUUCAAGGGCAGAAUCGAGAAAUUCUAUGUGGUUGUGGACACAUUAAAGCCAAAACUCUAAGGUUCUACAGGCCUUUUGAUUAUUAAAGCCAAUGCUCUAAGGUUCUACAGGCCUUUUGAUCUACAGCUUCCAUAUGGGUCAGACGGUGAAUAUGUUGUUUCUUCAUUUAUGUUGGUUUGACAUGUUUAUUUGUUCAAAAUAAAAGAUCAAACUGAGACAGUAUGUUGGCUCUUCUUUAAUUGAUUUAUACAUGUAUUUACUUUAUCAUUGUUAUAGAUUAAAUUAAAUGACCUUAAUCAGGACAUGUAUAACACUAAAUUAGUGUCCAGUUAACUCACAUAGUGUUAAACUAUUGACACAUUAUUGUGUAGUUUCAACACUUAUUUGGUGUAAAUGAAGCCUUUAAGGAAUUAAAAAGCACACUAGUGGUGUUAAAGCUGAACACUCCAAGUGUUUUUAUAACACUGUGCAAGUGUAAAAAAUAUAACACUUUUAAAAA